AUGGUCCGUCAUCCCGGAAGCGGUUUGAGCAUCAUGAAGUCCCUCAGUUCCGACGUCUCCAGCGGGACCAGAAGCGGCGCAAGCAGCUCUCGAAGCGCCAUGGCGGCGGCGCCAAGCACGCAAUGGGCGAGCUCUAGCGACUGGGAUGCCCAUCGGGCGACCAUCACAGACAUGUACGAGGCGCAGGGCAUGAAACUUCGAGAAGUCAUGAAGAUAAUGCAGGAGAAGCAUCAUUUUUACGCCACUGCACGAAUGUACAAGGCGCGGUUUCAAAAAUGGGGUCUCCAGAAAACAUUGAGAUUCGAGCAAGUUGGCGAGCUUCUACGCCUCAAUAUGGACCACGCUGGCGUUGGCAAACCAUCUACGCGACUCAUCCGCGGCAAGCCGGUCGAUGAAAAGCGACUGAGAACGUACCUGCGCAACCUCCCGCCGGAGAAGCAUGAGCUACUAGCAAAGAUGGCCCUCGGCAGCCCUGAGCCUGCACCGCCAACGCCACCAUCGGUGGUUUCAUGCCGUACUCCGUCACCUGGUCCGUCCAUAUCACAUCUGUUCUACAUUCCUCCGCCAGACGACUUGAGGAUGCCGGAAGAAUGCAUCGCCACCAUGCGAGCCUAUGUAGACGAAUCGCUGGCUACCGGUCUGUGGAGUCUCAACCCCAACGAGGUUUUGAGAGCGGGAGCGCUGUUCAGCUUCUGGAACCUGGGCAGAACGGCCAAGAGGUUACUCAAAGCUGGACAGACCAAGCAGGCAUUUCGCGUCCUUCAGAGUUGCUUUCACGCAUACAGAGCGCUGCUCGCUGCGCAGAGCCCUUUGCUCUUUCUCUACACCUACGUGGUCUGCCUCUUCUUUGCCGACGGAUAUCCCUCGCUCUAUAUGUCGUUCCUCAAAUACAUAACCGACUUAAGCAGCAUAGUAUACGCGGUUUCCCAUCCUCUCCACGUGCUGUUUAAGAAUAUGUACCUCAUGGGGCCGCUGGCUGCUCGGACAAACGUCGCGUGUCUGACACAGUCGUACAUGGACUUCUGUCGAGUAAGUCCCGAUAGCAUGGCCAUGAUAGACGUCGAGGGAUUUCUCAGCCUUCACUUUGCCGGGAUGGGGCUCCACGACUGGAAGGAUGCCGAAGCUACGCUGCGUAGGUUGCUGACGACCCUCGAGUUGCAUAGAGGUGUCGAGGCCAUGGAAGCGGUCUAUCUUGACGCUAGGGACGACCUCGCUUCCAUGGUAAUGCACCAGGGGAGGUUUGAUGAAGCCCGAGAUAUUAUCCGCGAAUCGCUCAAGUCUCCGGUUCUCCAGCGAUAUCCAUUAUUGCAUGCUUCGUGCUAUCGCAACCUGUUCUUGGCAGACAGGGAUCAGGGUCUUCAAGAAGAAGCUAUUGAAUCAGGCUACAAGGUUGUGAAGUUCACCAUCAACCUUUGGGGUAUGAGUGAUAGUAAGACAAUCACUGUACUAUCUGAUCUCCGGAAUUACCUGCGCGAAAUCGGACGCGACGAAAUGGCAGAUAAACUCAAUGAAGAUUGCGAGACUGCCAUAAACGAACUGAACAAGGACUUGGAGGAUAUAGACCUGACCGUGUGA